AUGCCAACCCCAGAGAUGCCAAAUCAUGUGAUAUUUGACACAACCCUGUUCGACACGUCAAACAGCUACUCUGCCCUAAGCGACAUCACACAUACAGAUAGUGAAAUCAGCUUCAGCCGCCCAAAUGCCACUUCGUCAAGGGAAAGCCCCACUGCUGCCAGGGCUGAAAAUGGACUGAGAACUCUGGUCGUUAAUUGCCAGUCAAUCAAAAGCCCAGGCAAGAAGGCGAUACUGCAAAACAUGAUUGAAGCGACACAGUAUCUAGAGGAGCUCAACGCCAUCCUCACCAGAAUCCCGAGAAACGCCCACCUAUUGCUGAGAGGUGACUUCCACCUGCCUGAUAUUGACUGGGAAAAUGAAUGCCCUAAACCACAGGCCACAAACAACACCCAAUGUAAACAGCUCCUGUCAAUAGCCACGGACGCAUCACUUGACCAAGUUGUCCAGUCGCCCACGCGUAUCACGGAGUACACCAGUAACAUUCUUGACGUUUUCUUCACAAACAACAUCACUCUCAUCAAUAAAUGUGAGACUAUCCCUGGGAUAGGCGACCACGAAGCCAUAUUUGUGGACGCUAGCUUACGCCCAAGGAAGGUGAAGAAACCGGCAAGAAAGGUAUACCAAUACAGGAAAGCCGACUACCAGUCAAUGCGCGAUGAGUUGUCCGCACAGACUUCACAGUUUAUGGAAAACACCAAAGAUAUGACAGUAAAUGACACGUGGUCUAUCUUUGAAGAGCUCCUAAAAAGGCUUAUGAACCAACACAUUCCUUCGAAAAUGCUGUCUGGAAAUAAGGUACACAAACCUUGGAUAACAAAAGCGGUCAAGGCCCUCCACAGGAAAAGAAAUAAACUCUUCGCCAGACAAAAAGCGAAAGGAAAGUCGAAAGAUCGUCAUACCUAUCUCCGGGCCAAAGCUACCUCUCAGCGACUAGAGAGGCAGGCUUAUUGGAAAUACAUCGAGAACCUCAUAGAAGUCGGCGACCAAGAACAAGAACAGCAACCCAACAAGCAGAAGAGGUUCUUGAACUUCAUCAAGUCGACUAGAAAGGACAACUCUGGGGUGGCACCCUUGAAAGAAAAUGGCAGGCUAAACAGCGACCCACUAGACAAGGACAAUAUACUGAACCGACAAUAUCAGUCAGUGUUCACCAACGACAAGGACUGUAAUGCAAACCCAACACCAGAUGGGGAACCAGCACCAACUAUGCCACAUAUCGAGGUUACGACCCAAGGAGUGAUGAAGCUACUGAUGAAGCUUAACCCCCAAAAGGCAUCGGGCCCAGAUAUUCUCCCAGCAAGUGUACUAAAAGAACUGGCAAAUCAGUGCGCCCCAUACCUCUCCCUUAUAUACCAAAAGUGCCUGUCAGCUGGAUCCAUCUCAGAUAUUUGGAAGACUGCUACAGUGUCUGCAAUAUUCAAUGAGGGAGACAGGUACAAAGCAAGCAACUACCGCCCAGUAUCACUCACCAGCAUAUGUUGUAAAAUGCUGGAGCAUAUCAUUGUUAGCAAUGUCAUGGGACACCUGGACAGGAACAACAUCCUUACUGACGGUCAGCAUGGAUUCAGAAAGAGGCGGAGCUGUGAAACGCAACUCCUAACUCUGUCCGACGAACUCCUGAAGUCCCUAGACAAAGGGAAACAACAUGAUCUUGCCAUUCUGGACUUCAGCAAAGCGUUCGACAAAGUUCCACACCAGCGCCUGCUGACCAAGCUGCACCACAACGGCAUACGCGGCCAGACCUUGGAAUGGAUCCGAGCCUUCCUGACAGACAGAACACAGAGAGUUUCUGAACUUACGGAUAGGCAACGAGGAGGUAAAAGUGCAGCAUACUUUUCCCUCGUUCGCCCUAACCUAGAGUACUGCGGCACUGUGUGGAGCCCAUACCAUAAGGAGCAGAUCCAUGACCUGGAGAUGGUCCAAAGACGAGCAGCUCGCUAUGUGACGAACAGAUAUCACAACACCAGUAGCGUCACAUCAAUGCUCCAACACCUUCAGUGGGAAACUCUAGAGUCCAGAAGAAGCAAAGCCAAGCUGACAAUGGUCUAUAAGAUAACCAACGACCUCAUGGACAUACCAGUUUCGAAAUAUCUUUCCCCUGGCUCAAGCCGGACACGAGCAAACCACUCCAUCCAGUUCCUGCCAUUAUCGACAUCCACUUCAUACUUUCGGUACAGCUUUUUUCCAUGUAUAAUUGCCACCUGGAACAACCUACCAGCCUCCAUCGCUGAAUCCCCCGACUUGGUCCUGAAUGGACUCAAGCAGCAUUUUGAACAAAUCAUUCUGGUUGACAUGUUAGGUUUUGGAUUCUCGGAUAAGCCGUUGAAUAGUGACUACCUAAUUGAGGAGCAGGCAAAUACCCACGACACACUUCUGGUCUCGCUGUCUGUAAACCACACCCACGUGCUGUCACAUGACUACGGGGACACUGUCGCACUCGAGUUGUUACACAGGUACUAA